AUGGCACAUUCCUUCAACUUGCCUCAAACCUCCAUGACAGGUUACAUCCAAGAGCCGCCGCCGCCACUCUCUGCAUACUCAAUCCUGGGUCAGAACCAGUAUCCGGAGAGCGUUGCGCUCUGGCACAGUCCGUCUGCACAGCAGCCGCAGCAAUCCCAGUCACAGUCGCAGAUACCCGCGGUCCCAUUAACGCCGGCCACUUCCAGAACACCAUCUCUACUCCAACCGCUGCCAGAUCAGAAAAAGCACAAACGCACUAGGAGCGGGUGCUUCACAUGUCGGUCCCGUCGGAUCAAGUGCGACGAAACUCGUCCGGUCUGUGAACGAUGUCGAAAGGGUAACCGGGAAUGCGUCUAUCCUAGUUCAACAACAGGUCCAGCGUCAAAGCCCGCGCCUCGUUCUGUGGCCAAGGCUAAAGCUUCUCGGCCGCAAUCCCGCGGAAGUGAUUCAUCGGGUCCUGUCAGUGUCGAUGCGGAGGAAGCUCGCAACUUCGAUCUAACGCCAAUUGCGGAUGAGGAAGACGAAGGAAGCCCCGGCUCAAGUACCCAGCAAUCACCAAAGACUACCGAGACCACCGCUCCAGUUGCAUCGAAGCCCCCGCUGGCUAAAAAGAAGAGUGCCCAGUCGUUAUCCCGACGUAAGGUGGUGAAGCAACAGACCGUCACGGCCACAGAGUCCUUGCCCGGUCGGAGGGAGGACAGCAGCUCACCUUCCACUGAGGCAUCGUCCAGGUUCGGAUCGUUGAGCACACGUUCGGACAGUAUUGGAAUUCACUUUGUUGAUAAUGCUGGAGACCCGAGCACGGGCCACUUACCUGAGGAUCUUCGGUUCUAUAUCUCAUAUCACCGAGAUUCCAUAAACUACCGACACUACUUCAUGCAUCCCCGCAGCACUAAAUUCGUAAACCAAACUAUCAUCGAAUAUGCUUUGCAGUAUGAACCUCUGCUUUACGCCGUCGUUGGGUUCUCUGCCUAUCAUCACUGUGUGCAAACCGGUGGCGGGAAAUUAUACUCUUUUCUCAAAUACUACAACAGGGCUUUGACACUUUUGCGGAGAUCUUUAGGCUCUGGUGAGCCAUAUACUGAAGCGACACUGGCCACAGUGCUCGUGCUCACUACUUUCGAGGAAUUUAUUGGUGAUUGGGUCAAUCUGGUUGAUCAUCAUCAGGCCGCCCAUGUCCUGAUUCGCGAACUCUUGUCGCCUGAGUCAGCUUGUUCAGAUGAUGUUCAUAGACAUAUCUUCGAGUGGUAUGCACGGUUCGAUAUAGUCGCCGGUAUUGUCUCCGGGAAUGAAAUGGUUCUAGGGCGAGAUUGGUACAUCGCGCGAGAAGAGUACGACACAAAGGAAGCAGCGAGGAACCCGGACGACAUCGAAAAGCAAAUGAUUCUGCUAUCUUCAAUUAGUCGUCGCUUUGGUCUAGAGCUGGCGUCGUUAUACGCUAAGUUGUCCCGCGGAAUGAUCGAAUUCAGUGAUUUUUUGACUGAGAAUGACAAACUCGGUCAAAGUCUUGAGCAAAUCAAGGACAUUUUAAGCCGAUUUGCUACACAAUAUGUCGUCGAAACCUUCCCGGAUCAGAAACCCUUGACAAAAGAUGACCUUGUUAAUCCCUACGAACCUGGGCGUUUACACUACGGCCCACUGUGGGAGGCCAACUUUUACUGGAUUGACUAUUACUCAAUGAAAGCCAUGUUCAAGUUCCAGUUCCUCAUGGCCACGCAACAGGGAUCGAUGAAUGAAUUGCUGGCUUUGUCAUACGAACAGGUCCGUUUGAUUGAGACGAUUGAACGCUGGCCUGACAAGGAAAAGGGCUAUAUGUUCGCAUUCAAGAACAGCGCCACAAUGGCAAGCAUGUUUCUCCCGCGAGAUGAUCGGCAUCUCAACUGGAGCAGAGGCAUCUUUGCUCUCAUGGAGCGAAAUGGCUACGUGAUUGCCCCUAAAUACCGAGCUGUUCUUGCCGCCCUCUGGCAGCUACCGGAAAUUCAUCAUUGGUGGCUUCCGGACGGCAGAGAUUAUCCGUCAAUCAUCCGUGAGGUGCGCGAAAUGACCGAGGAGCGAACAACUAACCCUCGAGAUAACUUCCGGGAGAGCGUGCGCGAUAUGAAAGCCGUAUUUGGGAAACUCAACCUUGAUGAAACUGAGAGCGAAGCUAGCCCGGCUUCUGUAAGCACGGAUGUCCCGCAGUCAACGGGUUCAAAUCAGUAG